UGGAAGCGUUGAUUUCAUCUGCUGCUUCUUCUUCUUCUCCCUCUGAAAUUCCCAUAAAUUUUCUUCCUCUUUCUCUCACUGUCGGUGGACUUGUCUCUUCUCUCUCUCUAGCCCCUCUCACAGUCACAGCCGCUGCUGCGUCGCUUUCCUUACUUAUAAGCUAAUUUCUGUAUUAUAUCACUGUACAUUCAUUUACAGCUAUACUACACCUGUAUCCCUUUCUCUCUACAUAUAUAUAUAUAUAUAGAUAAAUACAAAGAGAGAGAAAGAGAAAAAGAGAGAUAAGAGAAGGUUGGUCUAUUAGCCUGCAUUGCUUUGCUUCUCUACUGGGUUGGAGUUCAAUUGGAUCACUUCUCUCUCUAUCAUCUAUCUUUGAUUUCACCUCUGUUGCUUUCAAAAUUAAAGAAUACGGAAAGGGGAAUCUCUUUUUAUCACAUUGUGUGUUUAAGCAUGAUAAAUAUUGUUGAGACUGAAGACUAAAUUGUCAUCUCUAUUGAUUGUUCACAUCUGGCAAAGAAGAGCAGGUGCCAAUGGAAUCUGAAGGUGAAACUGCGGCAAAACCCAUGAAGAAUGUGGGUGGACAGGUUUGCCAGAUAUGCAGUGAUAAUGUUGGCAAAACUGUGGAUGGCGACCCAUUUGUUGCUUGCAAUGUUUGUGCAUUUCCAGUGUGCAGGCCUUGCUAUGAAUACGAGAGGAAGGAUGGGAAUCAAUCUUGCCCUCAAUGCAAAACCAGAUACAAGAGGCAGAAAGGUAGCCCUGCCAUUCUUGCUGAUAGAGAAGAUGGUGAUGCAAAUGAUGGCACCGAUGACUUCAAUUACUCUUCAGAAUCUCAAGACCACAAGCAGAAGAUUGCAGAACGCAUGUUGAGCUGGCAGAUGAAUUACAGACAAGGGGAGGAAGUUGAAGCUCCAAAUUAUGAUAAAGAGGUUUCUCAUAAUCAUAUCCCUCUUCUCACCAAUGGACAUGAGGUAUCUGGAGAGCUUUCUGCUGCAUCACCUGAACAUAUUUCUAUGGCAUCUCCUGGAGUUGGGAAGCGCAUCCAUCCUCUUCCUUACACGGCUGAUAUCAAUCAAUUACCUAAUGUGAGGGUUGUGGAUCCAGUGCGGGAGUAUGGUUCACCAGGAUUGGGAAAUGUAGCCUGGAAAGAGAGAGUUGAUGGCUGGAAGAUGAAGCAGGAGAAGAAUGUUGUUCCUAUGAGCACAGGCCAAGCUCCUUCUGAAAGGGGUGUUGGAGAUAUUGAUGCCUGCACUGAUGUGCUUGUUGAUGACUCUCUAUUGAAUGAUGAAGCUCGACAGCCUCUUUCUAGGAAGGUCUCCGUUCCAUCAUCUAGGAUUAAUCCAUACAGGAUGGUCAUUGUUUUGCGGCUGAUUAUCCUCUGCAUUUUCUUGCAUUAUCGAAUAACGAAUCCUGUGCCUAAUGCAUAUGCUUUGUGGUUAAUAUCUGUGAUAUGUGAGAUAUGGUUUGCUAUAUCUUGGAUUCUGGAUCAGUUCCCUAAGUGGCUGCCUGUAAACCGUGAAACAUAUCUUGACAGACUUGCUUUAAGAUAUGAUCGUGAGGGAGAACCAUCACAAUUAGCUGCUGUUGACAUUUUUGUCAGUACUGUGGAUCCAUUAAAGGAGCCUCCUCUUGUGACAGCAAAUACUGUGCUCUCUAUUCUUGCAGUUGACUACCCAGUUGACAAGGUCUCUUGCUAUGUCUCUGAUGAUGGUGCUGCAAUGUUGACAUUUGAAGCUUUGGCUGAGACUUCAGAGUUUGCAAGGAAAUGGGUGCCUUUCUGUAAGAAAUAUAACAUUGAACCAAGGGCUCCAGAAUGGUACUUCACACAAAAGAUUGACUACUUGAAGGAUAAAGUGCAAACAUCAUUUGUGAAAGAGCGUAGAGCAAUGAAGAGAGAAUAUGAAGAAUUCAAAGUUCGUAUUAAUGGGCUUGUUGCUAAGGCAACAAAAGUUCCUGAAGAAGGAUGGAUUAUGCAAGAUGGUACCCCAUGGCCAGGAAAUAACACUAGAGAUCAUCCAGGAAUGAUUCAGGUUUUCUUGGGUCAAAAUGGAGGUCUUGAUGCUGAGGGUAAUGAGCUGCCACGGCUAGUUUAUGUUUCACGUGAAAAGCGUCCAGGCUUCCAACACCACAAGAAGGCUGGUGCUAUGAAUGCACUUGUCAGAGUAUCAGCUGUCCUUACUAAUGGACCUUUCUUGUUGAAUCUUGAUUGUGAUCACUACAUAAACAACAGCAAGGCUUUGAGAGAAUCUAUGUGUUUUCUGAUGGAUCCCAACCUUGGGAAACAAGUAUGUUACGUUCAGUUUCCCCAGAGAUUUGAUGGUAUUGAUAGAAACGAUCGAUAUGCCAACCGAAAUACUGUUUUCUUUGAUAUAAACUUGAGAGGUUUAGAUGGUAUUCAAGGCCCUGUUUACGUGGGUACUGGAUGUGUCUUCAAUAGAACAGCGUUGUAUGGUUAUGAACCUCCUCUCAAGCCCAAGCAUAAGAAACAUGGGUUUCUAUCUUCUCUUUGUGGCGGAUCACGAAAGAAGAAUUCAAAAUCAAGUAAGAAGGGCUCAGACAAAAAGAAAUCCGGAAAGCAUGUAGAUCCCACUCUGCCAAUUUUCAGUCUAGAAGAUAUAGAAGAGGGAGUUGAAGGUGCUGGAUUUGAUGAUGAGAAGUCACUGCUAAUGUCACAAAUGAGCCUGGAAAAAAGGUUUGGCCAGUCUGCUGUUUUUGUUGCUUCCACACUUAUGGAGAAUGGUGGUGUUCCUCAGUCUGCAACACCAGAGGAUCUUCUUAAAGAGGCGAUUCAUGUUAUUAGCUGUGGCUACGAGGAUAAGACAGACUGGGGAAGUGAGAUUGGAUGGAUCUAUGGUUCUGUUACAGAAGAUAUUCUUACUGGUUUUAAGAUGCAUGCCCGUGGUUGGCGAUCAAUUUACUGCAUGCCCAAGCGUCCAGCCUUUAAAGGUUCUGCUCCUAUUAAUCUUUCAGAUCGUCUGAACCAAGUGCUUCGAUGGGCUUUAGGUUCUGUGGAAAUUCUUUUCAGUCGGCAUUGUCCAAUUUGGUAUGGUUAUGGUGGUAGACUAAAGUGGCUCGAGAGAUUUGCUUAUGUUAACACCACCAUUUAUCCAGUAACAGCCAUUCCCCUUCUCUUGUACUGCACACUUCCGGCUGUGUGUCUGCUUACUAACAAGUUCAUUAUUCCACAGAUUAGUAAUCUUGCAAGUAUAUGGUUCAUCUCUCUCUUUCUUUCCAUCUUUGCAACUGGUAUUUUGGAGAUGAGAUGGAGUGGCGUAGGAAUCGACGAGUGGUGGAGAAAUGAACAGUUUUGGGUUAUUGGAGGUGUUUCAGCCCAUCUGUUUGCCGUUUUCCAAGGCCUGCUUAAAGUACUCGCCGGCAUUGACACAAACUUCACUGUCACCUCCAAGGCCUCAGACGAGGAUGGAGAUUUCGCCGAACUUUACAUGUUCAAAUGGACAACUCUUCUAAUCCCGCCAACAACUCUCCUCAUCAUUAACUUGGUGGGUGUCGUCGCGGGUAUAUCCUACGCCAUUAACAGUGGUUAUCAAUCAUGGGGUCCUCUUUUCGGCAAGCUUUUCUUCGCGUUUUGGGUGAUCGUCCAUCUUUAUCCAUUCCUGAAAGGUCUUAUGGGUCGCCAGAACCGAACACCAACCAUCGUUGUGGUAUGGUCUAUUCUGCUUGCCUCUAUAUUCUCUUUGUUGUGGGUGAGAGUUGAUCCUUUCACCACUAGAGUUACUGGACCAGAUGUUGAGCAGUGCGGAAUCAACUGUUAAAAAGAGAAACCUGAAGACUUCCCAGUCCUCUAAUGGAGGUGAAGUAAUGCAAAUCUUGCAUAUUUUUUGUGAUCUUUUCAAUCUUCCCAUCAUGUGAAUCUAUAGCCUGUGCAGUUUAUACGUGAUGUACUUAAAAAUUAUUUUGUUGUUGGGUGAAUGAUAAAUUAUUUAAACUUA